AUGCGUUUCACUCAUUUAGUUAUAAGUUCUUUAACAUUCAUUCAAUCAUUAGCACUUGAUUUAGAUACUUCAGAUUCAAAAUCAAUUUGUAAAGCUGCAAGUACUAUCGCUCAAGGUGCUUUACAUUACUAUGAUGGUUCAGAAUAUGGUGGAUCAGUAGGUUGUUUCAAACCACCAUAUUAUUGGUGGGAAUAUGGUGUUGCAUUUGGUUCAUUAAUUAAAUAUCAACAUCUUUGUGAAGAUAAUACUCAUGAAAAUUUAGUUUAUAAUGCUAUUGUUUCACAAAUGGGUGAUGAUAAAAAUUAUCAACCAACAAAUCAAUCAAAUACUGAAGGUAAUGAUGAUCAAGCAACUUGGGGUCUUACUGUUUUAGAAGCUGCAGAAAAUGGUUUCAAAUCUCCAGAACAAGAUGGUCAUCCAAGUUGGACUCAAUUAGCCAAAAAUGUUUUUGAUGCAAUUUAUAAAAGAUGGGAUGAAGAUUCUUGUAAUGGUGGUCUUAGAUGGCAAUAUGAAGAAAGUCGUGGUGGUUAUAAUUAUAAAGCUACUGUGGCUAAUGCAAAUUUAUUUCAAAUGAGUGCAAGAUUAGCAAGAUUAACUGGUGAAACUAAAUAUGUUGAUUCUGCUAAAGAAAUUUAUAAUUGGAUUUUAGGUUCUGGUUUAGCUCAUGAAGGUGAAUGGGGGAUUGAAGUUUAUGAUGGUUCAUAUACAGAUGAUAAUUGUACUGAUGUUACAAAAGUUUUAUGGACAUAUAACUAUGGUGUUUUAUUAGCUGGUACUGCAUAUCUUUAUGAUGUUACAAAAGAUGAAGAAUGGAAAGAUCGUACUUCAAAAAUCAUUUCAGGUUCACAAAUUCUUUAUAAUAAUACUGUUCUUUAUGAAAGAGCUUGUCAAACUUAUGAUAUUUGUAACACUGAUCAAAGAGUUUUCAAAGCUAUUUAUGCAAGAUAUUUAGCAAUUGCAGCUAAAUUAAUUCCAGAUACUGCUGAAACUGUUAAAGGUUUAAUUGAACCAAGUGCUGAAGCUGCUGCUCAAUCAUGUUCAGGUGGUUCAGAUGGUGUUACAUGUGGAUUAAACUGGAAUAUUGAUGGUUGGGAUGGUAAAUAUGGUUUAGGUGAACAAUUAAGUGCAUUGGAAAUUAUUCAAAACUUAUUGGUCACUGAUAGAGAUGGACCAAAGAAACAUAAUUAA